GCUGGGGGGAGCAGCGCUGUAGGCUGCGCUCCGUGAGGGAGGGGGGUUUUGUGUAGCUUCUCGUUUUCAGGGGAUCAUUUUUAACCCCCCCCCCCGACCCCCCCACGCAAGAUAUGACUUUGUUUUCAAAAUCAGGUAAUAGGUAUCGAAACCGUAAUCCGGCUAACAUGUAAUCAGAGCCGCUGGGAUGAGAGAUUUGAAUUGCUCUGUUUAAAUUAAACCCGCCCGUGUGUAAUUCAUCGCUCCUCCUCAAUCGAUAACACAGAGUACAAUCAGGACUUAGUUGCUGUUGGACCAGAAGAGAUCAAUAAAGUAGGCUUUUUUUUUUUUUUAAAUAGAUCUUGAUAUACAUUCACAUAGUUUCUGUUAAAAAAAUAAAUAAAAAUAAGGUUUCGAUAUCUAUUUUAUUUUUAUUUUUAGUUGUGUUUAUAAACGGGCGUUUUGUGUGUAUUGGCUUGCUUCGAUGGCUCCUCAGAAACACGGGUCUGGGGGCGGCGGUGUCGGAUCGGGUCCCGGUUCUGCUGGUACCGGGGGCUCCGGCGGUAAAGCCACCGGCGGCGUGUGCUCGGGUUCAGCCGGGGCGAUGGUGCCCGCAGUCAAGAAGCCGAAGAUGGAGCAGCUUCAGGCCGACCACGAGCUUUUCCUGCAGGCCUUCGAGAAACCUACUCAGAUAUACAGAUUUCUUCGAACCAGGAACCUUAUAGCGCCUAUAUUUUUGCACAGAACCCUCACGUAUAUGUCUCACAGAAAUUCCAGAAGAAAUGCCAAAAGAAAGUCCUUCAAAGUGGAUGAUAUGCUAUUCAAAGUAGAGAAGAUGAGGGGAGAGCAGGAAUCUCCCAGCUUGGCUUCACAUCUUCAACUUACGUUUACUGGUUUCUUCCAUAAAAAUGAAAAGCCAUCACAAAACUCUGAGAAUGAACAAAACUCUGUUUCCUUAGAGGUGCUACUUAUCAAAGUCUGCCACAAAAAACGGAAGGAUGUAAGUUGUCCUGUCAAGCAAGUGCCUACAGGUAAAAAGCAGGUGCCUUUGAACCCUGACAGCAGCCAAACUAAACCAGGAGCCUUCCCCUCCCUGGCUGUCUCCAGCAACGAGUUUGAGCCUAGCAACAGCCAUAUGGUGAAAUCCUACUCACUGCUAUUCAGGGUGACACGGCCAGGAAAACGAGAUGUGAACGGAUUAAUGAAUGGAGAGACGAAUGAGAACAUUGAUGUGAUUGAAGAGUUUCCAACAAGAAAAAAGAGAAGCUCCUCUUAUCGUGAAGAAGGCGAGAAGACCUUUGUAGCACAAAUGACAGUCUUUGAUAAAAACAGGCGCUUGCAGCUCCUAGAUGGGGAAUAUGAAGUAUCAAUGCAGGAGAUGGAAGAAUGUCCUGUGAGCAAAAAAAGAGCUACGUGGGAAACCAUUCUUGAUGGAAAGAGACUGCCACCAUUUGAAACGUUCUCUCAGGGUCCUACGCUCCAGUUCACUCUGCGGUGGGCAGGAGAAUCUAAUGAGAAAUCUACUGCACCUGUUGCCCGACCGCUUGCAACUCGUAAUUCAGACACUGCCACUGUCGAAAGCAAGCCAAGCUCUCUCAAGCCAACGCAGGCAAUAGCUGUUAAAGAUUCAUUGACUACAGACCUUCAAGUAAGAAGGGAGCAGAUUCUAUGUGAGCCUCGACAGAAGCUGCGAAUAUUUUAUCAGUUCCUUUACAACAACAACACAAGGCAACAGACGGAAGCAAGAGAUGACUUGCAUUGCCCUUGGUGCACACUCAACUGCUGCACGCUAUACAGCCUCCUCAAACACCUCAAACUCUGCCACAGCAGGUUUAUCUUUAACUAUGUGCCUCAUCCAAAGGGUGCUAGGAUAGAUGUUUCUAUCAACGAGUGCUACGAUGGCUCGUACGUGGGAAAUCCUCAGGAUAUUCACAGUCAGCCAGGAUUUGCCUUCAGCCGUAAUGGGCCAGUGAAGAGAACGCCCGUCACACACAUCCUUGUUUGCCGGCCGAAGCGCACAAAGCCCAGCCUGUCUGAGUUCCUGGAAUCUGAAGAUGGGGAGAUGGAGCAGCAGCGCACGUACAUCAGCGGACACAACCGGCUGUAUUUCCACAGUGACGCCUGCCUGCCUCUCCGUCCGCAGGAAAUGGAGGUGGACAGUGAGGAUGAGAAGGACCCGGAGUGGCUGAGAGAGAAAACCAUCACUCAAAUUGAAGAGUUCACAGAUGUGAAUGAAGGAGAGAAGGAAGUUAUGAAACUCUGGAACCUUCAUGUUAUGAAGUACGGAUUCAUUGCCGACAAUCAAAUGAACCAGGCCUGCAUGCAGUUUGUUGAGAAGUGCGGGCAACAGAUAAACGAAAAGAAUUUGUGUCGGAACUUUCUGCUUCACCUGGUCAGCAUGCACGACUUCAACCUUGUCAGUACAGUCACCAUAGACAAAGCAAUGGCCAGACUUCGGGAAAUGCAACAAAGGCUUGAAAAGGAUGACCUGGCAGAAAAACCGAGCCUGCCGCCCACCGAUGAACCAAACUGGGAAAACAGCAGUGGCAUCGAGACCCCCACUAGCGAGAGGAUUUCUGAAACUGACAUUUCUGCCUCAGGAGUUCCAAAACAAAACAAACGACAGAAACUCUGAAGCCACAGGACUUUAUAAACUGAAACAUUGGAGCUCGGGGUGGGGAGGGAAUAAUCGUGUUCUAAAUUAAAGAAGAAUAAAUAAAUCAAAUAAUGAAAAACAGAUUCCAAACAGGCACUAGGUAUCAAGUAUAUAAAAAUCAAUUUUGGGCUGUAAAGUUGUAUUGCUGUUUGCUACAACCAACACAGACACUAAUUGUGUAUCUGGUUUAUUUAUUUGUGUGUGUGUGUGUGUGUGUGUAUGUAUGCGUGUAUAUACACACACACACACACACACACACA